AUGCGGACGGUGGGUGGGAAAAAGGGGAGACGCUACUCCCAACGAACCGCCGCCAACGCUCCCGAGGCCUCACCAAAAUGGCCGCCGCCGUCUCGGCCGCCACCACCACCACCACCACAACCAACAGCUCGCUAUCGCUGCCGCCGGCGCGGCCCGUCCUCUCGCGAGAGACAAUCACCCAGUGAGCUGAAGUAAGUUAGUAGUGGAGCCUGGACCCUCUGCUUCCCAUGGCAGCCUACUUCGGUAGCGCUGCCUCGUUUUACAUGAGGGUGGUUUCCCGAUAGCUUUCAAAUACCUAUGCUAUCUGUUCACAAACUUUGUAGGUUAAGAAUCCCUUAG